AUGGCGAAACUCGUCGAGACAUUUCCUUGCGUUCCCUCCACAGAGCGAGGACGGGGCAUUCUGAUCUCCGGCGACCCCAAAUCCGACUCCAUCCUCUACUGCAAUGGCCGAUCCGUCUUGAUUCGGAGCCUCAAAAAACCCGAAGACGUCGAAGUAUACGGAGAACAUGGUUAUGCUGCUACCGUGGCUCGCUACUCCCCCAACGGCGAGUGGAUCGCUUCCGCGGAUGUCUCCGGUACGGUUCGAGUCUGGGGAACGCACAAUGGCUUCGUGCUUAAGAACGAGUUUAGGGUCCUUGCUGGUCGCAUCGAUGAUCUCCAGUGGUCCUCCGAUGGGCUUAGGAUCGUCGCUUCCGGCGAUGGAAAAGGGAAAUCGCUUGUUCGUGCCUUCGCAUGGGACUCUGGGAACACAAUGGGAGAUUUUGAUGGACAUUCUCGUAGAGUUCUGAGCUGUGCUUUCAAACCAACGAGACCUUUCCGAAUCGCCACAUGUGGGGAAGAUUUCUUGGUCAACUUCUACGACGGACCACCUUUCAAGUUUCACUCUUCUCACAGGGAGCAUACCAACUUUGUCAACUGCAUCAGAUAUUCACCUGAUGGUAGUAAGUUCAUCACCGUAAGCUCGGAUAAAAAGGGUAUAACUUACGAUGGCAAAACCGGAGUUAAGAUUGGAGAAUUAGCCUCGGAAGAUGGUCACAAAGGCAGCAUCUACGCUCUUAGCUGGAGCCCUGACAGCAAACGGAUGCUCACUGUCUCUGCUGAUAAGUCUGCCAAGGUAUGGGAGAUAGCAGAAGACGGAACUGUUGGUUCUGUUGUAAAGACGUUGACGUUUACGGAAUCUGGUGGAGCAGAAGACAUGCUUGUGGGGUGUCUUUGGCAGAACGAUCAUCUCAUUACGCAGUCUCUUGGCGGCACCAUGUCCUUGUACUCUGCGGAUGAUAUGGACAAGCCUCCGUUGCUGUUAUCUGGACAUAUAAAGAACGUGACUUCUUUGGCUGUUAUUGGGACAAGCCAGAAGACCAUCUUUUCUUGCAGCUAUGACGGUCUCAUUGUCAAAUGGUUACAAGGUAUUGGGUACAAUUGCAAGUUACAAAUGAAAGAUAACACCAAGAUCAAGCGAAUUGCUGCUAUUGAAUCUGGCCUUCUCUUAACCGGGUUUGAUAACAAGGUCUGGAGGAUUCCUUUGACGGAUAAUGAAUUCGGAGCAGCAGAGCAUAUUGAUAUCGGACAUCAACCUCUGGACAUAAGCAUAGCCGUUGAUUCGCCGGAAUACACAGCAUUGGUAUCGUUUGAUUCCGGAGUUGUGUUGCUCAAUGGUCUGAACAUUUUGAGCAAGAACGAUCUUGGAUAUCCGGUGGCAGCUGCUGUGAUCUCACCUGACGGAAGAGAAGCGAUUGUAGGAGGACAAGACGGGAAGUUACACGUGUACUCAAUCUCAGAGGACAAGAAGAGCGUCAAAGAAGAAGCCGUGCUUGAGAAACACAGAGGUGCUGUGACAGUGAUACGUUACUCUCCUGAUACGACAAUGUUCGCUUCUGGUGACGCCAAUCGUGAAGCUGUCGUCUGGGAUCGCCAGACCAAACAGGUGAAGCUAAACAACAUGUUGUUCCACACGGCUCGUAUAAACUCUUUGGCAUGGUCACCGAACAACACUAUGGUAGCCACUGGUUCCAUUGACACUUGCGUCAUUGUGUAUGAAGUGGACAAGCCAGCUUCGAGUCGCAUCACCGUCAGAAACGCUCAUCUUGGCGGAGUUAACGCAGUGGCCUUUGUCGAUGAACGUACCGUCGCAAGUUCCGGUGAAGACGCUUCGGUUCGUUUGUGGAAUAUCGAACCUCAAUGA